GCCGCGGCGGGUCUCCGAGGGCCGCCAGUGCCAAGUCGCGCCUCCUCCAAGCGCCUCGCCGGGACUUGGGAGCGAAACCUGAGCGUUUGCCCCGGCUGGGCUGGGCUGGGCUGUGGCUUGGCCGCUGUCCCCGAACGGCCGGGCGCGAGCGAAGGCGGCGCGAUGAGGGGCUGAGCGCGGCGCGGCGUCUCCCUGCGCAGCGCAGCCCUCUCCGCAGCGCGCCUCCUCGCCGUCCCGUCGCGUCCCGUCGAACUUCCCUGCGGCGGCCGCUCAUGGAGGGCUCGUCGCUGCCCUCCUCCGACUCCGACCUCAAGCGGGCCUUGGGCAACAGCAGCAACGGCGCCGAGUUCCAGCUGGGCGGCGAGGAUGAGGAGGCGGCGGGGCCCGAGGAAGAGGCGCCCAUGCCCAAGAACUACCUGUGGCUCAGCAUCCUGUCCUGCUUCUGCCCCGCGUACCCCAUCAACAUCGUCGCCUUCGUCUUCUCCAUCUGGGCUGUGAACAGUUACAACGAUGGAGAUGUGGAAGGAUCGAAAAGGCUGGCCCACAAUGCAUUCUGGGUGGCCAUCGCAUCGAUUAUUAUUGGCAUUGUGAUCAUAGCGUUGUACUGUACAGUCCAUUUCACUACGCAUGCCAUCUGAAGACCAAGAGUGGAUAUGAAGGGUUGCCGUCUUCAAGAAAAGCAAAUCCCCAACGAAGCGAAAAAGGAGGGAUCCUCCAGUCCAGACCGAUCAAGUAACGUGGAGGCAUGUCACAAGUGAACAUACUGGUCGUUAUUGCCAGUCACAGCGUACUGUGAUAAGUAAAUGGUAUUCUUAAAUAAUGCUAUUCUAGAGCAACACUCCCCCUCCAUUUUAAUGUAUGUCAGAUGCAACCUGUGUCCGUAAUGCACUGUACUGCAGUAUGUUCACCCUUUCCCAUGUGGAAAGUCUCCCAGGCUGGAGGCUUUCACUGGCUGAACUUUCUGGACUAGUGACCGUUGGAAGAACAGAACUGCAACGUGUCAGACAAUUUCCCCUUUUGUUCCUCAAUGCCAGUUUGGACCGUCAUGGCUCUUUAGCUGUAUUAACAUCUCUCAGAAUGCAAAAUGAAAAUAAUUCCAUGUUUGUACUGUGUUAUGGACGUCUGCACCACCCUCUCUGCAGGUCACCCCUUCCGAGUUUUCACCACAUUCUUAAAGGAUGAUUUGCAUCGUGUCGUUUUUGAUAGGGAGGGGGCUUGCAUCAGAUCUGUAGUCUUUCCUCUUCCAUUACUUAAUCCAACAUUCAAUUAUUUUUCCUUCUCAUGUUGACUUCCCUCCAGCCCAAAGGCAAGGCAAUUGUUUCCACAUGCAUGCACUCUUAUUUUGCUACAGCGCUUUUGCAAAUCUCUUAUGAAACUUGUAGCGCAACAGUUGGCUUGACUGUGCUUCGGUGAAUGUUUGUGUUGGUCCCAUUCUAUGACUGCAUAUGUUACAGUGGACAACUGAAAGUCAGGAAUGAGUUCAGAUGGUAGUGGUGGUUGCCAACUGACCAGGGGGGGGAAUAACAGCCUGGCCGCUCCUAUGACUUCCUGAGUUACCUAAGUCAGUAGUUAAAAGCUUUCCCCAAAAUGGAAAAUAACGAUUGCCUGCUAAGUUCUGUGUAUUAAGAGGCUGUGAUCGGCAUAAUUAACAGUGGUUGCUGGAAAGUUGGCAGCCGUUAGAAUGGUUGACAAUUGAGGUGAAAUUCAAUUAAGCUUGGCAUUUUGGUGUCAUGGAGGAAAUACAAAAAUCACACAUUGGAUCCUGGUUGGAAUAAGAAUUUUAGGGGGGAGACUUGGGAAAAUAUAUUCCCAAUUUCUACAAGUGAGGAAAGAUGAAUAGUUUCAUCCCCCUUAAUCUCUUCGGAGAAAUCACGGACAGGAAAAAACCUCUCAUAAAGGGAGGAAGCGUAAUACUGGUAGCCACCCAUGCCUGAUAAUUUAUUUAAACAAAUUAAGUCUUGCUUGGAAAAAAAAACACAAUAAAAUUGUAUUUGUUUGUA